AUGGCGACGGCCGCAGCAAGCACAAUGGCCCAUCAGCUGCCUCCCAUGUCCUUACCUCAAAUGCCACGAGUACGACCCCCUCGAAUGCUGAAGGGAACUCCGAGCCCCAAUACGAACCCACAGCCUCUUGGUGAACUUCCAGAGGGUCUUUUCUGGGUGCAAGGCAGAUGGCGCGCCAGGAGCUCCAAUGCGGCUAAAAAUCAGAGAGGAACACAAACCCGUCAGGCCAUAAAGGCGUUGCGACACGAAACCCACGGACUGAAUAUCUAUGCCUAUCGCCAUAUACGAACGAACCAGGUGGUGUACAGCCUGACUAGGACCCUGCAGAAUAACAAGAUACUAAAGCAGCUGGUGUUCCAUGGCAAGAAGACAGUGCCAGCUUCUGUUCGUCGCGAUAUGUGGACGCCUUAUUUCUCCAUCCACUUCCCACCUACUCCCGCAGGAGCAUUAGAAGGCCUUUUCGCGUUCCAGAAACUGCGCGAGCUGUCACUGCAGCGGCAACUUUCACCCCCUGAUUCACUGAUCAGAGUUACACAAGAAGACAUUGAUGUGGUGAAGUCAAAGCUCGGUUCGCCGACGGAUUUGCAAGAGCUGGCUGUACGCGAUCGGUUGACUGGGAAAAUACCGAAACUCAAUGAGAUCCUACCAAAGAAACUACACGCGCGGAGGCUUAUGGAUCAAAAGGCCACCAGUGUAGCCGAUGCUGCAUUUGUGCUCGACUGGAUAAGCGCAGGUCCAAGUCCGUUGGACCGGAUGAUUGAAAUCGAAAUGAAUCGUGUGGCACGUCACAAGGACAGGUCCAAGAAAGCGCGGAGACGUCUCAACGCGAUCCGAGAGGAGGACGCGAAAAAGAAAGAUGAAAUUAUCUCCCGUGCUGCUCUAGCCCUACAAGAUAUGGAUGCUGAAGACCGCAACCGACUGCCUCUUUCUGAUGGCGCCCUCGCACAGCUUAGUAUGGAGCACCAUGGCCUGAUAGAUGGACGUAAACUCGUCAACAUCGACCAACUCACGGAACUCAAGGAUGCCGCCAAGGAAUUGGAGGGCUUCAUUCACAUCGAUCCAAGCAAUCUUGACGCAGAUGAGUGGAACAGGAGACAAUAUGUCUCAAGGGUAGCGGAGCGGCGAGCGAUCAAGGAAUGGUUUGAGGAAAAUGAUGCUCCAACGACGGAAUCGGACUCUGUCUGGAAGAGGGUCGCGGAGAAGAGGGAGUCAGCACUAAAAGCAUUUGAUGAAGAGGCCGAAGCUAACAAGAAGGAGCGACAAGCCACCAGCAGAGAGACUACGUUGAAGCGAGCAGAGGAAGCAGCCAUAAGACAAUAUGAACAACGUAAAGGGACGGACGUCGACACUUUGUCUUUGGAACAAACGAUUGAGCAACACAAAAAUGCUGCUCUUGAGCAAUUUGAGAAGCAGGAGAAACAAACCCAGCAACCGAGACCCCGCUGGGCGGACACACGCGAAAUCAAGGUUUUCUGGGCCGAUCUAAAUGACGGUCUAUUUGCGCCAGCGUGGCCGCAGAAUGUGAUCCAUGGCCAGUUAGCACCGUAUGGAGUAGCCAAAGCCUUGGUGCGUGAGACGGAAGACCAGAUCAUUGAGGAGUUGGUGGACGACGAAGAGCAAGGAACAAGAGAGGAGCUGAGUGAAGGUCAGUCUCGCAGCCUGGAAUUUGUCAAAUCCAAGAGCGUGCAUGUCAUCGGCAGCGGCUUGAGCGACGGCUGGAUGCCCUCCGAAAUAGCUACCAUCCACAAGGAGCCCGCCCAGUGGUCUCCACCACCAGCGGAACAAGGUGCAGCAUCCGCGUCGGAACACCUUGUCGAGGCACCUCAGGACGGUGCAGAACAGCAGGAUUUCGGGGUAUAUUAUGAGGAACCAGAGAAAGGCAUCUGGGCCCGCGUGCGCGGCAUCUUUGGCCGGUAA